CAGAGCACGGGGCAGCGAGCCGGGCGCAGCUGUCCGGAAUCAUGACUGAAGAUGACGGAUUCCGUGGUGGUGGAGGGUCACGUCAAGUUGAGAGAUGGAAAAAAGUGGAAGAGUAGGUGGCUGGUGCUGCGCAAACCCUCCCCGGUGGCAGUUUUGCUUCUUUUAGACUGUUUGCUCAUGCUGGUGUACAAGGAUAAAUCUGAACGAGCAAAAGGGCAUAAGGAGAGGAGCAGCGUGACCUUAGAAGACAUCUGUGGCUUGGAUCCUGGGCUGUCCUAUGAGGGCUUGAAUCACACGCUUGCAAUCAUCUGUCUCUCUCAAGUUGUGAUGCUGGGGUUUGAUAACAAGGAAAUGAUGUAUGCAUGGGAUGUACGAAUCCGCUACAGUCUGGGGGAAGUUCAUAGAUUUCAAGUGUUUGUAGCACCUGGCACCAAACUAGAGAGUGGACCUGCUACCCUGCACUUCUGCAAUGACAUUCUUGUCCUUGCCAAAGAUGUUCCUCCCAGCGUCAUGGGGCAGUGGAAGCUCUCGGAUCUGCGUCGGUACGGAGCUGUCCCAAACGGAUUCAUCUUCGAAGGUGGCACCAGGUGUGGCUUCUGGGCUGGUGUUUUUUUCCUGUCUUGUGCUGAAGGAGAGCAGAUCAGCUUUCUCUUCGACUGCAUCGUCCGUGGCAUCUCCCCAACGAAGGGCCCUUUUGGUUUGCGUCCAGCCCUACCAGAUCCAAGUACAAAUCCAGCCUAUUCAGAAGAAAGAUUGACUCAUGAAGCUUUGCAACUUGAAAAGCGCUUGAGUUUGCUGUCCCAUACAAGUCGUCAGGGCAGUGGAGGAGAUGACAGGAGUCUUUCAAGCUCAUCUUCAGAUACCAGCCACUCAGAUGUUAGUGUUGGGAGCAGGCUGACAAUUUGGCCUGAGCAGUCUUCAGCCAGCACUUCUCAAGAGAGCCAUGGAAUGGCAGCUGCAAAGGGAAUUCAUCUUGGGGAAGAAAAGACUCUCCCAGAAGGGGCACGGGGCACCACAAAACCUCUUCCAAAGCCUCUCCGAUCCAGACAGCUACAGGAAAUAGGUCGUCAGAGUUCUUCUGACAGUGGAAUAGCUACUGGUAGUCACUCCUCUUACUCUGGAAGCUUCUCUUCCUAUGCUGGGAGCUUGGACAUUUGCCAUGGUGAUGACUUUGGAUCAUUGCUAAGCUUGCCAUUGAACUUUCCUUCAGAUCAGAAUUUAUGUACUUGUCCUCACAGUGAGCCCCAGAGGGGUGUGGGAUCAGAGUAUCAAGUUCCCAGCUCUCUCAGACAUAUUUAUGAUACACCCAGGAGUUUGUUACAGGCAGCUUCUAAAGAUGUGCAGCCGAAGAGCACAGAUUCCACACUACCCAAGGACCAGCCCCUGUCACCUCAAGGUGUUAAUGACCCAAAACUGCUACUACCACCCUUGGAAGCACGAAGAGUACCCGAACACAGCCAGAACAGAGGAAGGCCUUCAUCCUUACUCUCCGAAAGCAGCAAGGACUCAAGUGAUGAGACAUAUGUGGAUUUUGUUUCGAGGUGGUCAGACAGAAAACCACAAGGACAGGUGUCAGAAUCCAAAAGUAGUGAGUUGUCACCAUCUGGUGGGGCCUCAGCUGACCCCUAUGACACAUGUAGCCCCCACCUUGGGAUGAAAAGAGCUCUUUUUUCAGCUUGUCCAAUCUGUGGUGGACUAAAGUUUGAGCAUGUCUUGCACAGGAAGCCAGACAGCAACUCAUUGGGAAAAGAGAAGAUAGUCGAGUCAGCAUGGGAAUCCAAAGCAGAUCAACUAAUCCAGUAUUAUAUUUAUAACUGGCUAGGAACAGAUACUUUAGAGGGAGGAAUACAAAAAUUCAUGAGUGGUGUACUACCAGGACAGUCAGUUCACAAGAAAAAUAUGCUUGAUCACCAGUCUUAAAACCAGAAUCAUGGAAAUUCAUAUGCCUUUUAACCAGCUUUGCCAGUAUCUGUUAUUAUGACUGAUAUUCCCACAAGUUGGGUUGGGUUUUUUUUGACACUGCUAACUUCUUGGAUUUUAUGGCAAUAAGCUUUGUGCAUUGGUUGCAAAUUGCACAGGGGAAGCAUUUCUUUUUUUACUUAUCUGGAGAAGACCUUCUUGGUGAAUGAAUUCACUAAACUCAAAGAAGGGAAUGCUGUUUGUACUGGUGAGCUGUCAAAAGGCUGGGAAGGUUACAGGGAGCACUCAAAUUAAGGAAUGUAUGAAGCAGGUAUUCAGCAAGAGAGACUUUUGUUUGAGGAAUGAAGUAUUGACAUUGAAGUGUGGAGAUUUUAAUUGAGCAUGUGGGUUAUAGAAAUCAUUGCUACAUAAAGGGCUUAUGGUAUAGUAAAUUCUGAAAGAAAAAAUAUAGGUUUGAGGGGUUAUAUUCUUCUGAUGAGGUAUUUCAUGCAUUUGCAUCACUAAAUACCUUUACAUGUCUGAAAACUAGAAAAUGCUGUUUGCUUGAGGUGCUUGCCCAGCCUCUGGAACAGCAGCUUGGAUGUUGCAGCACGUGGAGGGUAGGGAGGUGAUGGUGUGACAGGUAUGGUUGUGCCUCUGCUAAUCAUUGGGAUCACUGUUUUUCCAAGGCCAUGGUUUCCAGCCAUCAGUACCAAAGGCACUCACCAGCCCUCUGGCCUAAUUCUGAAAGCUGGGUCCAAGGGCCUGAGAUUCAGCCUCUUAUUUAUUUCUGAAGUGCAGGCAGCAGGGUGCACAGCAAUGUAUCUGCUGCUGGCUUCCUGUGUUUGCUGGCCUCGAGUUAUAAAUUGGGAAAAAAGCACAAGACUGAGUCCUAGAAGAGCUCUGCUCUGGGAUCAGAAAUCUCCAAGAUGGUCAUGUUAGAGGCAGUGAGAAAAUAAUCAUUUAUGGUACAGUUAGCUCACGUGGUCUAAAUGUUUCUGGGUAAUUUGAAUGGUUGGUUUAGACAUGAAUUUAUCAAAGUUUACCAUGGAUAUCUGUAGCAGACAGGAAGAUGAAAAGGACAAUUCCAUUGUGUAUCUUCAAAGCCAAAGCAUAUAAUCCUUCCUUCUCCAAUCCUUCCUCCAAUCUCCCUGUCGACCCCAAGAACAUACACACACCCACAUCUUUUAUUGGUAAGAGCUAUCAGGUUUCAUGGUGUUUCCAGCUGUGUUAAGUUGGAAGAAAUUUAAGGAAUAUUUAGACAAAUUUAGUGAGGGAAACACUGGUGUGACUCCUCCUAUCUCCUGUUUUAAUAAGAUAUGC